UUUCCUCAUUCUGUGAAUCAUGAACAAAACAGCUUUGUAAUCUAAGUUCAAUGAUCAUGGAUAUGCUAUCUAUCUUCAUGGUGAUGACUCUCGUAGGAAAAUGUCAAGGUCGGUAACUAUUUUUAUCAACAGUUUAAGACUUGAAUAAUAGGGUUUGUGAGUCUACAAUCGAGGAGCUUGAUUCUAACUUUGGAAACCGUUUUCUCUCUCAAAGGGAACACUUAUCUAAAUUAUCAAGAGAAAGAGGAAGCUAUAUCCCUACAAUGUGAAGAGAGAAUUUGGCAACUUGAUCUAGAUGAAGACAAUACGGUGGAUUGCACUUUGAAUUGCAGUCUUCAUGACAAUGAGAAGAAAUGUGACCAAGAUCCGAAGUGCAAUAAUACAACAUUUACAUUAGAAACAAAAACCUGCAAAAACAGUAUCAAACAAUGUUUAAAUAUGAAAUUGGAGAAAAACGUCACUGGAUUCUUUGCAUGUUUUCAUACCUUUCCAUCAAAUGACCAACACUUAUUCCCCUUUAAACCUUCAAAAGAUCAGGUGGAAUCAUUUAUUGUGGCAUUUGUUGAACCAAAGAUGGUGAUAUGCUACCCUGGUGUGGAAACUAAAACGUCUGUUACCAAACAGCAUGGAGAAUCAGUCAACCUUGCAUGUAAUUUCACAGUAGCCAAAGAUUACUCUAGCUUUCCAUUUUCAGUGUAUUGGAUCAAAACCAUCAGUGGCAACAGUAGCAUCUGUCUUUAUUCUUAUUCUUAUGAUAGUGAUGUACAAUUAUAUGACCACCAUUGUCUCAUUGAUGAGGCCCUGCUGAAACGAAGGUCAAAUACUUCAUCUAUUCCCCUAACAAGCCCUAUCUUUCAUAACCUUAAGAUCAGCAAUGCCACAUAUUCAGACAGUGGACAGUAUGUUUGUGCCGUACAGGUGCUUAAGAAUAGAAAAGGGCACUGGAAGGUAAUAACUAAUGUCACAGUCACUGUGAAUGGAGAAUUCAACAACCACCCCAACAGGAAUGACACAGCCCUGUUAUAUACUCCUGGGGAUCCUUACAUACCACUGUAUGUAGUGGGAGCCUUGUUCUUCUCCUGCCUGUUUGUUACUGCCAUUGUCAUUGUCAUGCUGAAAAAUACCAAGAUUUCACAAGCAGAAUCUCACACUCUGAGAAUGAAAAGAGAACAAGAUGGAGAGGAGACAAUUAACUCAGACUGCUCCCCAUAUGUUGAGGGCAGAGGAGAGGAUGAGGGGCUCUUCUCACUUCUGAAGCUGACUGAAGUGAGAGAUCCUGCUGCUGUUGCUGUCGAGCCCUAUUCUGUAGUCAUGCUCAAUACUGAGUAUGAGGCCUUUGACCCCCAGGCCACUCAGACAUCAUCCACCUACCCUCUCAGGAUUGGAGCUCAGGAUUGGAGCGAAAGUAUGAGUUACUAGCAGCCAAUAGUUACUCAUAUGAUGUAGAAAAGUGAGCUAAAGAUAAUGUCUUUCAUAUUGGGUUUAGACAAGGAUUUGGGCGGGGCUGCCAGGGGUUUGUUUGGGAUGGCCGGUGGGAGGGGUUGAGUGUUGGUUAAAAAAACAUUUGUGAUUCUUAUUGAUUGUACAGGUUAUGUGACUCAAUAAAAAACUUAGCUCACAAAAAUUAAGUUAAAUUAAAGAGAAAAUGAGAAUUUACUUUCUUUUUUAAUUUAAUGUUUUUGUGUUCAUUCAUGCUCUACUGAACAUUUCCACUAGAUGGCGUUAGUGCUCAGUCCUACAGUUGUGCUUACUGUUUCUCUGAUAUUGUGUAACAUGUGUGAUUACCUAAUUAUUUUGUAACAUUGAAUAAACAUUGCAGAAAUAAAAUGUA